AAAAUUGCCCGAAGCACCAGUUCACGACUUGCAUCAACUGACAGAAGUGCCUGCUCCAUCAUAGAAAUACACAGACUGUCGGGCCUACGUCUCUCGAUCGGAAAUACUCUCCAGCACAAAUUAACAGCAGCCAGCCAAGUCUUCAGCAAAUUCAUACUCGGAAAUACGACAACGGCAAGUCAGAGAUGAACCGUGCUCAGCGCCGAGCUGCUGCUCGUGAUGACACAAAUGCCAGCUCUACCACCUCCAGCUCCUCGUCGAUACCGCUCGUACAUCCCGAACGGCGGACACCUGAAGGAAAGACCCUGCUGCAAUUGGCAGAGGAGCGGCAAGCACUGCUGAACCAAGGCACACCCUUUCCCAAGAAUGGUGAUUCAGCAGCAGGCAGCACUGCAAAUGCUCUUUCAUCAGAGGGCAACAAAGACAAUGAGCAAGUCAAAAUAUCAGAAUUGGACAUUCAAAAGGCAUUCGGAGGCACAGGGAGCAAGGGAGAACAGAGCAAAAGAAGGAGUACUGGGCAAGGGAAGCAAUUGGAUGAGCCAAUAGGCCGCUUUGGUCAGGCUGUAUUCUUUGCUAUUACCAUGACCAUGGUACAUUUUACACUGGAUGUUCUCAUACAUCAGCAGUAUCGCCAGGACAUUGUGUGGCCUGAAAUAUGGGAGAGAACGUUGACGGCAGCUCCAGGUGAGUAAACGACCAACAGCUCCUCUAUAGGGAAAGGACUCCUACAUACGCAAGCCCUUUCCAGCCCUUUCCAUACGAUGCAGUCCAUGGACACGAACUAUGGGUCUUUUCAAGAAUUGCUUGGAUAGCAAAUAGACAUUUGUCUUUCGCACCGUGGAAUUUACGCCUAUUCAACACUAUUAAACGUACUGGCCUAGAUAAACAGAUUAACUCGAAAAGACGCGGCUUCGCCGCAGUUAAGAACGGAAUACUAACUCAUUUCCCAUUUCCAAAC